CAGACGUACUUGAAUAUAUAAACAUCAAUUUAUUUAUAUACACGCACGCCUAGACACGGAUACACGCAUUUACAUACACCACCACCCCUUAACCUUCUCCUCCCUUUCAUCCGUUCUCUCACUCUCUCACUUGAGCUCUCUCUCCCUAAGUCACUCUCUCUCUGACCCUCCCUCUCACUCCUAAAUUCACUUUGAGAAUGAGUCUUCACUCCACUCUCGUCACCUCCACUCCACUCGGCGUGUCUCUUCGCUUCCUGUCAGCCGUGUCCGUAACACACACAAACACAGUAACCCCACAACUCCAUGCUCCAUGCAAUAACAUACACACCGCCACCAACACUUCUACUAUCACUACUACAACUAUUCAGAAAUUAUAUCCACGCCGACAGGGACGUACUUCCGAAUCUCCUCGACAAUACAAACACGCACACACAUAUCUGUCUGUCCAUUAUACAUAUAUAUAUAUAUAUGCACAGACACACACACACAUAAAUAUAGUGUAAAUCGGCUGGCCGUGUGUUUCUUCUCUAUCUGUGAUAUGGUGUGAUGUGCUGUCUAUGUCUAAUGUAUGUAAUCUGUCUGUAGUAGCUGCGGUGUGGUAUGGUGUGUAUGUGUGUCUAUGCUUUAUUAUUUUAGCCGAAUGCUAUCAGAUGAUUCUCAAUGGCGUUGGCUAAGAAGAGACUAUGUUCUGGUGUGUCUUCUUCUGCUGGGCCGACCUGCGACCAGUGGAACGAGGUGGAGCAGGUGCGCGGCGGCCAAGUGGACAGCUUAUUGGAUAUCUGCGCCAAAGUUGUGGCCGAAAACAUAGCCUUCCAGUCUGUGGAACUUCGAUUUGACCGGAUACCAGAACCCGUACAGAACCGCAUCGUCUACUGGUCAUUCCCACGCAAUGAAAUGGAUAUAUGUAUGUAUUCGUCUUUGGCCAAUGCUUGCAAGGACAACGGAGAUACCCAGAAGUUGCCCUUUCAUCACGGUGUACGACUUCUUGAGGCGAAUGCUGUAGCGAAUGUCUUACAAAUAGGGUUCCAUCUCAGUGGUACAGUCACAGAACCUGCCAACCCAUUGUAUUCCGAACCUGAAAAAACCUACAAAGUGUCUAUUAGUUUCGACCGAUGUAAAAUUACAUCAGUGAAAUGUGGUUGUGGCAAUAAAGACAUAUUUUGGUGUCAACAUGUUGUAGCUCUGUCGCUCUACCGGAUACGAAAGGCUGAUGUUGUACAGCUACGGGUUCCAAUCUCUGAAACCCUACUGCAGAUGAGCCGAGAGCAGCUGCAGAAAUUUUCACAGUAUUUAAUAGCAGAACAUCACACUGAGGUGUUACCAACUGCACAGAAAAUUGCAGAUGAGAUUCUGCAGGCCAAGUCGGAGAUCAACCAAUUACCAGGUGCACCAGACCCUACAGCAGGAGCAUCAAUAGAAGAUGAACACAGCUGGCAUUUAGAUGAAGAACAAGUCCAAGAACAGGUGAAGAGUUACCUUUCUCAGGGAGGAUAUUGUACUUCAGCCAAUCAGUUAAAUUCCAUGUUUUCAAAGGUUCGAGAAAUGCUACGGGCUCGUGAUUCCAAUGGGGCCCGUAUGUUGACAUUAAUUACAGAGCAGUUUCUGGCAGAUCCUCGUCUACUUCUGUGGAAAAAUCAGGGAACAACCAUGACAGACAAAUGUCGACAGUUGUGGGAUGAGCUUGGUGUUCUGUGGGUGUGUAUAGUUCUGAACCCCAACUGUUACAGUAGUGAGAAGGAACAGUGGCAACUACUGUUGCAACAGUGGUCAUCUGUCCCUCUCUGUCCUCUUGAGGAUGCAGAUGGACAGCAGGUAGAUAAUGUACAGCAGCAGCAAGAGGAAGUGGAAAAUUCUGAAGAAAACCCAGGUUCUUCACAAAGGCCAACUCGAUUAAAACCGCGUACAAUAUUUCAUCGAGCACUCGAAGCCAGUCGAUUGACUUGGGAUGAUCGACACCUUCAGCUAAUCCUCAGUGAAGACUGUGGUUACCACGAGGAUCAGUGGGAUUCUCAUUUGUUUGAUUCUCAGGGUCUGGCACUGUGGCACGAGCCCAUUCCGAUAGCUUGUGCCCGAGUUGAUGCAUUGCGUUCCCAUGGUUACAUGAAAGAAGCAUUACGUUUAGCUGUGGUCAUUGUUCGAACAAUGAAGAGACAACAGCGUCUCAAUCAAGACAAAUACCGUCUACAGCAGUUACCCGAAGCAUUGCUUACAUCUACUUCAUCCCAGUCGAACAGAAACCAAAGAUACAAUCUGAUCUGUUGGGGUCUAGCUGGUAUCCCAGGUUCAAAUGAUGAUGUUACUGGAUACAAGACAUCAUCACAACAGCAACAAACUGACCAGGAAGGUUGGAUUGGUCAUCCUCUCAACCCCAUUGGUAUCCUCUUUGAUACUUUGGCUGAGGUUUCUCGUGUCACUGAUGAUACCAGUAGCCAGACAGGUGACUUAACAUCGAAUUGGUAUUCAUUUGGAAGUAACGGAGUCACAAACAACAACAGCAACAAUAACAAUGCCAACAUCAUCAUCAACAACAUCAUCAGCAAUAACAUCCUCAGCAAUAACAACAUCCUCAACAACAACACCAACCACCACCUCAGUACCUUUCCAAAUAACCACAGCACCCAUACCAAUGUUGGUAGCCAGAAAUAUAAACAUGUGGCUAUCCCCAAAUGUCGAGACCGGAACGAAUCUUACCUCACUCUUGCCCUAGAAGUGGCUCUCAUUGGUCUUGGCCAUCAGCAAUUGAUGCCUACUGGUCUGUAUGCACAGGAAAAAGCUUGCAAACAAGAGGAUAAACUGAUAGCAAAGCUCCAAGAGAUUGAACUCGACACAACUCUAGUUGCCAUCCUUAGAAAACAGGCUGUUCUUCUUCUGGAAGGUGGCCCAACAAGUGGGCUAGGUUUAGGGGUACACACAGAGAGUUACCCCAUGCAUACGUUUGCCCAGUACCUCUUCCUGAACCUCAUCAACUAUGACCAUGCCCUUGCAUUCAGGGUGGGACUACGUGCCAUGAGAUUGCCCAUUCUGGAGCAUGAAGAUGAAGACCUUGAUGUAGUUAAUAAUAUGGCCCCUGUUGUGUUACAUCGUAUCCCACGAUGGUUUGUCCUUGGUCAUAUUGAAGCUCAACAAUGCCAACUCGCCUCAACACUCUUGGCCCACGCUAAAAGUGACCACCGGCAAUUGCGGACAGUGCUUGAAUCAGCUGAGAUGCAUAUUCACAGUUCAUCCCAGUUGUUCAAGCUUGCUCAAGAGGCUUUCAAAAUAGCAACCCCUGUUGACAGCCACAAACAUGUACAUGUCUUAAAUGCUGCAUUUGAACUCGGUUUACAGGUGAUGAGGAUGACUCUGACAACACUAAACUGGCGUCGGAGGGAGAUGGUACGUUGGUUAGUGACGUGUGCUACAGAAGUUGGUGUUGCAGCCCUCACCAGCAUUAUGCAGAACUGGUUUCAGCUCUUUGCACCGAUGGAGGCCACAGCGACUGUUGCUACAACAAUUAUGUCUCCAGCUACUGUGAUUCAACUUAACCUCACUUACCAGCAACAAGAAGAUCUUGCCAAAUGUGCCCGCAACUUGGCUUUGCAGUGUGCCAACAAAGAUCCACCAAGCUGUGCUCUCUGUGCCCUAACCCUCUGUGAAAAGGACCCCAUUGCAUUCGAGACGGCCUACCAGAUUGUGAUAGAGGCUGCAACCCAUGUGAUGAACUCGACGCAGCUGUUCACCAUAGCUCGUUACAUGGACCACCGCGGCUACCCACAUCGUGCCUACAAACUAGCUCUUCUUGCCAUGAAAAACAUUCACCUGGCCUACAACCAGGACACUCAUCCGGCCAUCAAUGACAUUCACUGGGCAUGCGCUCUCAGCCACUCACUUGGCAAAUCAGAAUUGACCAACAUGAUUCCACUGCUUGUCAAGAACGUACAGUGUGCAAUUGUCCUGUCUGACAUCCUGCGCCGAUGCACACUAACUGCACCAGGUGUUGCAAGCACAGAAGGCAAACGCCGGUCAAUGAAGUUGCUUUCCUAUGACAAGGCACCGCUCCGCCAGUUGAUGGAGGCUGCCAUAUGCGCAUACAUCAACACCACCCACUCCAAGCUAACGCACAUCAGUCCACGCCACUAUGGGGACUUUAUAGAUUUCCUCGGCAAAGCUCGUGAGACCUUCUCACUCGCCCACGACGGUCACAUACAGUUCAACCAGCUCAUUGAGAACAUGAAGCUUGCCUAUAAAGGCAAGAAAAAACUAAUGUCCCUUAUUAAAGAGAGGUUUGGCUUAUGACAUAUUGCCGCAAGUUGAACCUCUUGUUAACAAAUUCAAACAUGAUAAUAAUGAAUGGUUAUUAAUUAGGGUUAGUUUAUGAUGAUGAAUGACUGUGGCUAAAAGCUCAUAGAAGAAAAAGACCCCAAAAAAUCAGGUUAAGAGACCAACAAAUUAAAACUAGUUGCAAUAAUUGGAUGGUGGGAGGAAAAGAAUAGAUCAAUGCCCUUAUACGUGCAUGCAGGCAUACAAGCUCACACACAACCAUUAAGAUGAAAAUCCUAGAUAAAUAAUUUUAUCUAAGCAUAUUAUACACUUUUAUUACAGUUGUUAAGAUGGCUGCUAAAAAAAAAAGGGAGGGGGGGAGAUGGUGGGGAAGAAAGAAUAAUGCUACCAUCACCACCACCACCACCACUUCUACAGUCUCUUCAUCACACACCAAAACUUCUUUAACCUUAACCCCACCACCACUUAUCCAACAUUAUCUCUACCUACCACCAUUUCCUUACUCUGACCCUUUUUAUCACUCCCCCCAACUGAUACUCAACUUAAAAAUAUCUUUAGAAGUAUUUUCAUUUCUCUUUAUUUUGUUCCGUUGUUUACUAAUUAAUAAAAAGUAAUUCCUGCUUAAUUUUCCCAAUCUUCUGUGCAUAAUUAGAGUAAGUGGGUAGGGGUUGGAAAUACUUUCCAAGUUCUCAGGAGCAGAAAGCUGCCCAAUUUUCAAAAUGUUAAAUCUUACCCUCAUACCUGCAUUCUGCAGUGAUUGAGAAGGUAAAGGACUACCUAAGCAGCUACUGAUCCCAGCUAACUACUUGUUGAGAUCCUUUCCCACUGAACCUGAGAUCUUUUGUUAAAGCUUCUUGCAUUUUCUUGCCAAUUUGAAGUCAACUCGGACGAAUUGUACAAUCUUUGUAUUCUGUGACUCUCUUUCCCCACUUUCUCUUUCUUAGGAAAUUCGUGAACUCUAUUUCAUCCCUAGUCAAAGUGGAAUGUGGAGGAGGGGCAAUUCUAGCAAAAUUAGUUUUGUUUCUUAUACCCGAAAGAAAAUAAGGAAUAAAAAUAAAAA